AUGAAUUCAUUCGCCGUUCGUUGUUUAUUAUCGGUAACCAUAAUGAUCUGUGUUUUGCAUCACAUCAAUGCAGCGCCACUCGACACCAAAUUCCAAGCACUCAAUCACUCACCGAUCGAGCUCACUACUGACGAGCCACCAACUGCCGCCGAGACAGAGUUACAUAGACAAAAGCGUGGAUUCGGUGGUAUAGUCUCUCUGGAUGGAUCGAACAUGGGUACUGGUGAUGUGCAAGUGAGAGUAUGCAACUGGGGUAUGGUGCAAGGUGGUGGAGUAUCAUGUUGA